CACCCCAUCCGAGAGGCCAGGUCGUCUGAGGAUGCACCACCUUUUGCUCACCUUGCUAGAGCCCGGGGUGAACAGGCCUCUGCCGGCGUCUGCGCUCUGCGGCUCUGGAGCAAUUCCUGAAAAGAGGGAGGCUCUAGUUCUCGCUCUCCUGAUGCUUAAAUAAUGGUCCCCCUGUGAAAGUCGCCACUGUAGGCGUGCUUUGGUUUUUUUUUUUUUCAGACAUCAGCCUAGAAGGUGGGAAGAAUCAGUGGAGAUUCAAGGCUUAGAGACACCACCAUGCCACUCAGUCUUACCAACCACAAAGCAAACAGAGUAUUUCUUCAGCAUUAAGGCAAGAUGGGACAGAACUGGCAACAAUGCAAACAUGUACUCAGAAGGCAAGAAUAUCAUUUGGCAUGCUACAGUAUUCCUGGGACCUUUUAAUGCAACAGCAUCAGAAAAUUGGAGUAUAUCUUGUAAGAGACUGCAGCUUGAAAACAUGCAGGCAAUGCAAGUUGAAGGGCUGGAUGGUGAACAGGACUUUUAAUGAAAUGAAGCGUUUUUCCUGUGUUGUUUUCUCCUCCAGUAGUGAUCAGAGAGAGCUUAUAAGGAUUUAGAAGACAACAUGGCUCACUUUGAUACUGAGUAUCAGCGACUGGAGGCCUCAUAUAAUGACUCUCCCCCUGGAGAGGAGAAUCUGAUGGUUCAUGUCCCUGAGGGCAGCAAAUCUCCCUGGCAUCACAUUGAAAAUCUGGACCUUUUUUUCUCUCGCGUCUAUAACCUGCACCAGAAGAAUGGCUUCACUUGCAUGCUUAUCAGUGAGAUCUUUGAGCUAAUGCAGUUCAUCUUUGUUGUGGCCUUUACCACGUUCCUUGUCAGCUGUGUUGACUAUGACAUUCUCUUUGCCAACAAACUGGUGAAUCACAGUCAGCAUUCCAGUGACCCAGUCAAGGUGACUCUGCCAGAUGCUUUCCUGCCUCCCAAUGAGUGCAGUGCCAGGAUCCGAGCCAAUGGCUUUCUUCUCUCCAUCUUAGUGAUUGCAGGGGUCUUUUGGAUUCAUCGGCUGAUUAAGUUCAUUUACAACAUUUGCUGCUACUGGGAAAUACACUCUUUUUACAUUAAUGCUCUCAAGAUUCCCAUGUCCAAUUUGCCCUACUAUACGUGGCAGGAGGUACAAGCACGGAUUAUACAAAUCCAGAAGGAACACCAGAUCUGCAUUCAUAAGAAGGAGCUGACAGAGCUGGACAUCUACCACCGCAUCUUGCGGUUCAAGAACUACAUGGUAGCCCUAGUGAACAAGUCACUCCUGCCGGUGCGCUUCCAUCUUCCCUUACUGGGCGAUACUGUCUUCUAUACCCGUGGCCUCAAGUACAACUUUGAACUCAUUUUCUUUUGGGGCCCUGGCUCACUGUUUGAGAACGAGUGGAGUCUGAAGGCCGAGUACAAGCGUAGCAGCAAUCGCAUGGAGCUGGCUGACAAACUGGGCACCCGUAUCUUAUGGAUUGGCAUUGCUAACUUUCUCCUAUGUCCGCUGAUACUUAUAUGGCAGAUUCUUUAUGCUUUCUUCAGCUAUACUGAAAUUCUCAAGAGAGAACCAGGCAGCCUGGGCGCUCGUUGCUGGUCCCUCUAUGGCCGCUGCUACCUGCGCCAUUUCAAUGAGCUGGACCAUGAGCUGCAUUCAAGACUCAGCAAAGGCUACAAGCCAGCUUCCAAGUACAUGAACUGUUUCAUUUCUCCUCUGCUUACUGUUGUAGCAAAGAAUGUGGCCUUCUUUGCUGGCUCUAUCCUUGCAGUCCUCAUUGCCCUCACAAUUUAUGAUGAAGACGUACUAGCUGUGGAACAUGUCCUCACCACUGUCACCAUCCUGGGAGUGGCUGUCACUGUCUGCAGGUCCUUCAUCCCAGACCAACACCUGGUUUUCUGCCCAGAGCAGCUGCUUCGAGUGAUUCUGGCACAUAUCCAUUACAUGCCUGAUCACUGGCAAGGCAAUGCCCAUCGUUAUGAAACCAGAGAUGAGUUCGCUCAGCUCUUCCAGUACAAGGCGGUGUUCAUUCUGGAAGAACUGCUUAGCCCCAUUGUGACUCCCUUGAUUCUCAUUUUCUGCCUGAGGCCCAAAGCUUUGGAGAUCAUUGACUUCUUCCGCAACUUUACAGUGGAGGUUGUGGGUGUGGGAGACACAUGCUCCUUUGCCCAAAUGGAUGUACGCCAGCAUGGGCAUCCUGCAUGGAUGUCAGCUGGGAAGACAGAAGCCUCCAUUUAUCAGCAGGCUGAGGAUGGCAAGACAGAGCUGUCCCUCAUGCAUUUUGCCAUCACCAAUCCACACUGGCAACCACCUCGGGAGAGCACAGCUUUCAUUGGCUUGCUUAAGGAGCGGGUGCACCGUGAUAGCAGCCUGGCAUUGGCCCAGCAGGCUGUCUUGCCCGACAAUGCACUUUUCACCUCUAUCCAGUCACUACAGUCCGAGUCUGAGCCACACAGUCUAAUUGCCAAUGUGAUUGCUGGCUCCUCGGCACUUGGCUACCAGGCAAUCCGUGAUGCACAGGCUUCACGGCACCUGUCUGCAGUCUCUGAGGUGGCAUCUGCUUUGCGUUCCUUCUCCCCUCUUCAGUCUACCCAGACAACACAUGGGAGUUCCCAUGCUGAUGGUGCCCAGCUUCGGGGUCCUGGUGCAAUGACAGGCUCAGGGGUGGACGCCAGGACAGCAAGCUCUGGCAGUAGUGCUUGGGAAGGUCAGCUCCAGAGCCUAAUUCUUUCAGAAUAUGCCUCUACUGAGAUGAGUCUCCAUGCUCUCUACAUGCAUGAGCUGCACAAGCAACAUGCCCAGUUGGAUGUCGAGCGACACUUGUGGCACCGGCGGGAGAGCGAUGAGAGUGGCGAGAGUGCCCAGGAGGAGCCAGAGGCCCAGAGGAGCACCCCUAGCAGCACUAUGCCUCGCUCAGCCAGCUAUCCUUUUGCCUCACCACGCCAAGUGGGUGAUGAGGCAUCUGCUCUGCAGGCAGGCUUCCAGCGCCGCUACGGGGGUGUCUCAGACCCUGGCCCAGUGAAUAGGGCUCCAUCACAUUUUGCUCGGCUGCCUCUUGGGGGCUGGGCAGAAGAUGGCCAAGCUGCUCGACACCCAGAGCCUGUCCCAGAAGAAAGCUCAGAAGAUGAGUUGCCACCUCAGUUACACAAGGUGUAACUGUGAAGGCUGAAGAUCCAAGGGGGUUCCAGAUUUUGGGCCUGUCUCAGCUGGUGGAGCAGUGAGUUACCCUGCCCUAGAAAAUAUGGGUUAGCUCAAGUAUCCAUGGCCUUGACAUCAGAAUCCAAGGGUAAAUGAUGUGAUGAUGUCAGUGAUGCCUUUGGGGUAGGCAGAACUGUAUCGAGACAUGCAUCAUGCUGGUGACACAUUAGCUGUCCAUAGGCUGGAUGUGUGUGUGUUUACAUAUAUUGUCUGUAUCUACAUACGUGUUGUCCGUGUUGGAGAACCAUCCAGGACCUGCACAGAAUGCCACAGCACACAAGAUAAUGGAGAGACAAGCAAUGCUCACCCUGCCUGAAAUGUUCUUCAGUUGGGAAGAGGACCUGCUUGUGGAUUCUGUUCAGCAGCCAGAAGAGCUGCUCCAUUGUCUAGACUGCAACAUGAUUAAAGAUGCAAUCAGGAUGUAGAUUUGGACUCAGGAAAAGAAGGGCUGUGAGAGAUUAUUUUUGUAACAAGAAUUGAGGGCCAGGCCUCCUCCACUGACAGAGCCUGAUUCAGCUGAAAGGGUCACAUACAGCAAGGGAAGGCAUCUUCUUCUGCUUUUCCAUUCCAGUAUGAACAUUGGUGCCAGACCAGAAGAAAGGAGUACCCUUGCAGUGCCGUUGCUUGUAUCACAGGAUUUGCCUUCCUACGGGCACAAUUGAUUUCACAUUGCUUGGGGGCCAUAUUCAUUUCAUGUCCUGGCCCUACAUCAGAUCACAGGUUUAUCAUGGUAAUGCUUACCAGAGUUUGCCUGAGCCAGGAUCUGAAGUGAACUAAGUCAGCUUUACAAAAUAAUGCCCAGCCUAAAAGCCUUGAAAGAAACUGCUCCAAAAGCCCUUGGUUCUCCUGCUGAGACUCAGAAUCAAGAGUGAGACUUUGUACCGUGCUCUGUGUGUGUGCAUGUGUGUGCAUGUGUGUGUGUGAGAGAGAGAGAUGGGUGGAGGAUACCAGUGCUUAUCAAAGGCACAAUAGGCAUAUCAUAUUUAAGUAAUCCCUUAAUUCCGAUACCCUGCUUGGCUUUUCCAAAUUGGUGCUGCCCCAUUUGCGAUUUUCUUUCUUUCUUUUUCCUUUGGGUGCCUUGAUGGUAAUUAUCCAGCUCUCAUGGAAAUGCCGGGUUUUGUAUGCCAAAAAAAAAAAGCUAUCUUAAAAACUCAAGAAGGGAUAAGUUUUAUGUUUUUACGAAAAGAGUCCAUUAGACCCACCAUUCACUUGAUAAAGCCCUGUUUCAAGUUGUCUACAGAAACACUGGUUUUCCAUUCUUGCCCUUGGUCUUCUGUCCUUUUUGUAUCAUUUGUAGGCUAACUGGGCCUAGUUAAGUAGCAGGAACUAUUGUGGUUUUUUUUUAAAAAAAACACUAAAAAUUCUUUCUGGAUUUGUUUCUGGAGAGCCCAUAGUCACAGGGGCCAUAUUUUAAACACUUGUUAGCAUCUAAGGUAAUCAUCACUCACAGCAGCUACCUUGUGUGAGAAAAGUAAGUUAUCACAGGUAAUAUACUCUGUUUUUGUUGUCACAGGCUAGGCUGUGCAGGAUUUCAGUACUUAAGACUGGCUUUUCCGAGGAUGUUUCAUGUUUGGGAGAACAAGACCCCUGGAUUCUAUGUUCUUCCCUUUUUUUUUUUUAAAGGAAAACAAAAACAGAUUAUGUAUCCUCAGUAUCUACAGGCUUGAUUUCAGUUCAUGGCUCAGUGUUUUCCUGUACUCAUCAUGAUUUCUCUCCCAGUAACUUUAUCAAGUAUAUAUGGGGUGGGGAAAAGUUGGUGAGCUACAACCGCAGGGUGUUGUCUGCCAAGAAUUAAAACAACUUUUAAUAGCUACCCUCCAGAUGCUGUUUGCUGGGGUGAUGGGAGCUGUAGUCCAAGAUGUCUGGAGCAGGACCGCCACUGACUGUAAGGUGCCUUUGUGCAAAAAGUUUUUUGCUGCCAGAGCAUGAAGUCAUGUCACAUGGCAGCUGUAAUUUCCCAGAACUUCAUUCUCCAUAUUCUUCUACAGCACAGACGCACAGAGUAGUAACCAGACAGACUUCUUCCCCCAACCUGGUGGCCUGCAAUGUGGCACUGGGAUGCUACCAUUCCCAUCAUUCCCCCCUCCCCCCCAGUGUCAUGGUGCCUUUGUGCAGUGCACAACUUGCACACCUGCUUGUGACGGCCCUGGUCUGUGGUGCUCCAUGUUGGGGCAGGUUGGUUUAAAACAACAGAUAUAGCUAGGUAUGCCUACUCCUUACUAGUAUAUGGAGAGCAAUAUGGACAUAUCCCCAGGACUGUUGAAAGCCGAAUCACUGCAGAUUGUUGCUGUGAACUGUGCUGGUCAAGUAUGGGCUCCUCCUCAGCAUCUGUCUUGACGUAGCUUAGCCAAAAGGAUAGAUGGGGGAGGCAGUACUAGCAGUCAUGCAUUCUUCUUAUCUUUGCUCCGUCUGCAUCUGCAUGGAAUGGCCACCUUCUACCUCCACUUUUAUUUGUGGCAUUAGGGAGGCCAGGCUGUAUGUGAACCAUGCAAGUGGUUUGUAAAGCAGAGCUGAUUGUACAGCAUCCUGUACAGUGCCGUGUCUACUGAAUAAAAGAGGUGUUCUCUUC